AUGCAGUUCGAUGAGGACCGGGUCGCUGGUGUGGGUGGCGGCAACGGUGAAGUUGAUGACAGAGUGGAUGAGCCUGCCAGCAGUAAGAUAAUUUCUAAGCUCUGUGUUAUAGCUGUUAGAUGCCUACGCUGUGGCAUCAGCGCAAAUGCGACGCCUCAUAUGCGUCGUGGACCAGAGGGUCGUAGGACUUUAUGCAAUGCGUGCGGCAUAGCUUGGGCAAAGGUUCAUGAAUGA